CUCUCCACACAACACACACGCGCGCACACACAAAGCGCAGCAGGUUCAACACUAGCUACAAUCACAAGUAGGCAGCAAUGGCGAGGCAUCGCCUCCUCGCCGUGCUCCUCAUCGGCAUAGUUGCAGCCUCCGCCUUCAACCAAGCAGCUGUGGCUGGCCGAGGCCUUGCUGCCAUCGAGAAGUUUGCAGAGCUAGAGCCAAAGCCAGAACCUAAACAAGAGCUAAUGCCCAAACCUAUGCCACACACAGAGCCAGAGCCAUGCAAACCUGAACCGACGCCCAAACCCAAACCAAAGCCCGAACAAAAGCCUGGACAUAAGCCUGAGCCAGAACCCAAGCCCAAGCCGAUGCCAAAACCGAAGCCCGAGCCCUGCUCCAAACCAAAGCUGGUGCCAAAACCCGAACCAAAGCCAGAGCCCAAGCCUGAACCUGAACCGAAACCGAAGCCGCCUCCAAAGUGCAAACCACCGACAACGCACAAUUGAUGGGAUGCUUAUAUAUGAGAGUUGAUGGAGGAGACCCCGCACGGAGCCACACUGUGCUAUUUCUAGAAUAAGUGGUGUAGUACUCCUUGUAUUCCAUUUCUUUCUAUUUUUCCAUGCAGAGUACGUACUAGUACUCUGUAAUUACUAUUUGCUUGUUGGUAUAUGUUCAUCUACUUUGUAUGUGACUGACUCGUUGUUCUUUUGAGUAUCUACGCAUGAUUGUAUUCAUUCACAUCAAUGAGCUAUUUCGUUAGUGGACUGCA